AAACAAUAAUAAUAAUAAUAAUAAUAAUAAUAAUAAUAAUAAUAAUGAUAACAAUAAUACUAAUAAUACUAAUAAUAUUAAUAAUAUUAAUAAUAUUAAUAAUAUUAAUAAUAUUAAUAAUAAUAGUAAUAAUAAUAAUAAUAAUAAAAAUAUUAUAACACCGACAUCAAAAGUAACCAAAAAAGAUAAAGAAGAACCAAGUAUGUAUGACUCUCCCGCUAAAGGUAUAUUACCACUACCUAAAAAGACUUAUUUUGAUAUUAAAAGAGAAAUAUUAAAGGUUCAAGAUGCAAGAGCGAGAAUUCAUUUAAAUUUCAAACAACCAUCUGCUCCAAGUAUUUGUAUGUACACUUUUCAUAAUACAAAUGAUAAUUUGAUUUGCUUAGAAUUUAAUGAAAAUUGUAACAUUAUUGCUGGUGGAUUUGAAGAUAGUUAUAUUCAAUUAUGGUCCCUUGAUGGCUCUCCAUUAAAUUCAAUAAUUAAAGGCGAUAAAAAUAACAAUCAAUAUUCUAGAAAAUUAAUUGGGCAUAGUGGUGCAGUUUAUGGGAUUUCUUUUAGUCCUGAUAAUCGCUAUAUGCUAUCAUGUUCAGCAGAUAAAACUGUGAGAUUAUGGUCAUUGGAUACUUAUACAUCAUUAGUAUGUUAUAAAGCUCAUAUACAACCCAUUUGGGAUGUCAAGUUUAGUCCAUUUGGAUAUUAUUUUGCAACAGCGUCUCAUGAUCAAACAGCCUGUUUAUGGAGCUGUGAUCAUAUUUAUCCAUUAAGAAUUUUUGCGGGACAUUUGGAUGAUGUUGAUUGUAUUGAAUUUCAUCCCAACUCAACAUAUGUUUUCACAGGAUCAGCAGAUAAAUCGAUUAGAAUGUGGGAUGUUACUAGUGGUGAAUGUGUUCGAGUAUUUUAUGGACAUGCUCAAGGUGUUAGUUGUUUAGCUGUUUCACCAGAUGGUAGAUGGUUGGCUUCUGGAGGACAUGAUUCAAUUAUUAACCUUUGGGAUAUUGGAGCAGGAAGAAAACUUAAAAUUUUAAGAGGGCAUGGUAGAUCAUCUAUCUAUUCGUUGAGUUUUUCAAGAGAAGGAAAUAUACUUGUUAGUGGAGCAGGGGAUAAUUCAGUUCGAAUUUGGGAUGUUAAAAAGGGAACAACAGAAUACGUUUCCGAGCCUGAAGCAUUUCAACUUAAAAAUGAAGUAAAUAGCAAUAUUCAAAAUGCCGCUGAUAAUAAAAAUGGAAAUGUGAAUAAGAGAGGUGAUAAUUUAAAUGGCAAACGAAAUGAGACGAUUGGUGGAGUCAAGAAUGAUGUUAAUGUUGAAAGACGUCGUAAAGAGGUUAUAACAUCAUUAGACCAUAUGGCAGCAUUUUUCACUAAAAAGACACCAGUUUACAAAGUUCAUUUUACAAGACGUAAUUUAUGUUUAGCAGCUGGUGCAUUUACAGGAUGAGAAAAGAAAAUUGAAGAAUUUUGGAUAAAACAAUUCUUGAAGAUAAAAUUAAACUUUUGAGGGUUGUUUUUUCUUGUUUUAUUGUUUAAUUUUUUCGAUUAUCAUAUUUAUUGUUUUAAAUUCAGUUAGGAUGUGUAAUUUAAUAAGUUAAUUUAAUAAUUUAGU